CAGCCCAGCAGCCCAGUGCCCACGGACUGCCCAAUGCGACCAGUGCGGCCAGUGUGACCAAUGCGACCCCAUCGCUCCCAGCCAGAUGGGAAAGCCUGCGGGGAGAGUUCUGUCAUGCGGCCCCGAACUUUGCUCGAGUGAAGCAUCCCGACGGAUCAGGCAAGCCGAACUGCAAGUGCGCAAUAGCCAAGAGUUUUGGCUCUCCACCAAGGUCAAUAUCCGGGGUAACAUACAGCCGUCGACCAGGUGGCCUACCAGAGCCGCCAGGUGGCAGGGACGCCGGCGAUUCGUCGUGACAGUGCGAAGCCCGGCUAUGAUACCUUGCUCGGCGUCACGGGGUCGGGUCUGGCAUCGUCAUUGCACACGAUGAAGGCUCCUGAAGCCACCGCCGACUUGAUAGUCUUAUCAUAGACUGCAUCCAGGCGGAACAAGUCAAAGUUCCACAGGCGACCAUGACGACCGGCGACAGUGCCUCGGUCUCGCCCCGAGUGGGAGGUCGGCGGGCCCGCGAUUCUCGUCCGGCGCAGACUGCUCGUCGCAACCCGAGGGCCAAGCACGUCCGAACGAGAACCGGCUGCUGGAACUGCAGGCGUAAGCGCAAGAAAUGCGAUGAGCAAAGGCCAUCCUGUAAGGAGUGCUCGCUGAGGGGGGUGCCAUGCGAAUGGGGAGUGCGGCUGGUCUUCCGCCCCGAGCAUGUCGAGUCUAUUCCAGCCAGCCAUCCGUCAAUGCUUGAGACAGCCACAGGGCAGUCCAGUGGGGAUAUCGAGAUAAUCGACGUGACCAGUGAAGUCAUACGGGACUAUUGGAAUGAGUCCAACAUGUCCGCCACUACCGGCGGCACUGUCGGUGGCCACCAGCAUAAAUCCCCAGAUCAACAGGACCCAGGGGAUCAGCAACCUCGUGGAUCCCCGAAAUCUUCAAAGGGAAGCACUGUUUCCACGCUUUCCACGUUGUCUGGCCAGAGGGACGACGUGGCUUCGCUGACCGCCGCCGGCACCUCGGGACAUGCCACUGAUGCUGCCUCAGCACCCGUCACGCCGGCCCCAGGUCACCUUCCGAACCUGGAGGGCUCAGCGAACAUCUUGUCGCCGCACUCAUACGAUAUGAUUCAUUCUGCAGCUGCUCAGCUGCUCGAUUUGGGAUGCUCAACACCCGGUGCACCUCCUAACGCUGGCGCACCUCAGAGCGGACUGUUACAACCGGCAACCCAUAGCAGCAAUCACAGCAUUGCCAGCCCGGGCUCGGAGGGAAUGUCACACGAUGGCAUCUUCUUGCCUGGCUCGGCUUACUUGGAGUUCCACUCCGCUCUGAGAAGUCACACUUUCAAUGCUGCUCGCUCGGCCUUUCCAAGCCGGUGUGGCACGCCGGAACACUCAGAGGCUGCACACGCAACGGCUGGGCCUGAAGGUCAGCUCGGAGAGGGUUGCCUGCUCUCGAUUCCCAACACAUCAGACAACGUAUCGUCCCUGGACGACGUGGCUUUGUCUCGGCCAACUCCUCGGCUCAGCGAGCUGUCCCAACAGGAAGAGUUCGAACUAUGGAAGAAUUGGGUAGAUGAAAUUGGCCCAUGGCUCGACAAAUUUGACAAUCAACGACGAUUUGUUCGCGUGCUGCCCCCACUAGCACAAGAACACCCCCACUUACGAUACUCGAUGCUUGCCCUGUCGGCCCGGCAGCUAGAGAGAAAGUUCCCUGACCGGCCUGCUACCAGCCUGCAGCUUUACCAGGAAGCCAUUCACCAGCUUGUGCCACAGCUGCAGACAAGGACCACGACUGUGGUCGCAUCAUGCGUUGUUCUCUGUGUUCUGGAGAUGAUGAGCUGUUCUCCGAAAAUGUGGCGCCGGCAUCUUGAUGGUUCCGCCAGCCUCAUUCUAUCGCUGGGCAUCAACGGGUUUUCUGGAGGAUUAGAGCAGGCCCUUUUCUGGUGCUUCGCACGUAUGGACCUAUGCGGUGCGCUCAUCUCAGACGAGCGGACGAUAAUUCCAAUCGAUAGCUGGUUACCGAAAACCGCUGCGGAUGUAAACGUCCGCCAGGCCUACAGUGCAGGUGGGUUCGAUAUGUACGCCAACUACAUUGUGCACCUCUGCGCCGAGGCUAUGGACCUGUUUGCCGACAGCACCAAAGGUCGCGAGGAGUUCAGUCGGCACUGGAGCAGCCUCUUUUCGCGUCUCAGCGACUGGUAUCACUUCCGGCCUCCGGAGAUGAGACCUGUGCUCGAUCUCCCGAAUUUAUUAGAGACCGAGCCUGAACGACCUUUUCCCAUCCUUCUGUUCUCUAACCCCUCCGCCAUAUCCGGAAAUCAAAUGUACCAUACUGCCUCUCUCCUUAUGCUUCAGAGAAUCCCUCGAGGCACCAGGCUGCCAACUGGGACCCGGUCUAUGCUCUGGCAUGCUCGUAGGAUAUGCGCCAUCUCGAUAUCCAACACCGACCAUGCCUGCUGGACCAACUGCAUCCAACCUCUUUGGAUAGCAGGGCGCAUCAUGUCCAACCCGUCUGAGCACCGCGCAAUUCUCAAGACGUAUGAGCUUAUCGAGAAGGAGACCGGCUGGGGCGCCAAAUGGCGAGCAGACGACCUAAGGACAUUUUGGGGAGACCUUGACGGAGGAUGAAUUAUUCACGAAUUCUUUUUUGAUAUUAUUCUAGCACGAAGCUGUCUAUGCAGAAGCACAGUGACCUCCGUCCACCCUGAGGUCUGCCCCUGUCAUGAAGCAACUGCCUUGGGAGAGGAGGAACACUGCUGGCGCCUUGAAGUCUUCAGGCGCCCCGAGCCGUCCGAGGAGUGCUCCCGCCAUCCAAAUCUUCUCCAGCUCUGGAUUCGUUGCCAACAACGCAUCUGUCAUGGCCGUCCUGAUGUACCCUGGGGACAAAGUGUUCACCCUGAUGCCGUAUUGGCCCCACUCUUGCGCGACCGAUCGGCACAGUUGCUGUACUGCGGCUUUGCUGGUGUUAUACGCUGAACAUGACAACCCCUGCAAGGAAAGACGUCAGUCAGCUUGUGUCAAACAGACAUGCUCCACAGAUGCGCAAAAUACUUACGCGGUUGGCAAUUUCACCAGACAUGGAAGCAAUCAUAACGAUGCUUCCCUUGACGCCAUUCUUGAUCAGGAUCCUCGCCGUGUGCUUCGCUGUGAGGAAGGUGCCGGUGACGUUGACGCUCAUCAUGCGCUCGAAGUCCGACUUGGGGUAGUCGACUGCGGGCGUCUUCUGUUGGAUGCCGGCACAGGCGAUUGCGCCGUAGAAGGGGGCACCCGCCUCUCGCCCUUCUCUCUCGACCUCGUCCAGGAUAUUGGAGAGGUUCUCCUCAUCUGUGAUGUCGACGCGGCGGUAGGAGAGCUUGAGUCCGGAUGUCUUGGCCGUCUUCUCGAUCGCCGCCCACUCGUCCGCGGCGGGGGUCUCGAGGAUAUCCAGGCAGGCAACAUUGCCGCCGGCCUCGAGAACGGCGGCGGCGAGUGUGAUUCCCACGCCGCGACCGCCUCCGGUGAUGGCAAUAGUCUUGCCGCUCAGCGAGAACAAGGCUGUGUGGGAGACGUUUGCUGGUGUGAUCCUGGACUCUGGGACGUCCGCCGGGAGCUUGAAGUCGGGAAUCUGUUCACCCAUGGUGUAUAGAUCUGCGAGGUGCUAGCGGGUGGUGUGGGUAUCGAGAGGUAAUCGAGAGGAACGUGUUCUAAAUGUCAAUGAGAAGCUAGUUGUAAGAACGAUGGAAUGACGACAAUCUAUAUUGGAUGGGAAGAGAAAGGGAACAAGGAACACCAGAAUUACCGCGAGAAAAGGACACUAUGAUAAGAGCGAUUUUCUAGAAGCAAUCGUCAUGCCAGUUUCGAUCA